CGUGUUCUGGAUCAUUUGGUUGGAACUUCUAAGCUUACGCUAAUUCGAAUGCCUUUUGAUGCAUCUGUUGUAAUGGUGUAACGGCCUCACUGGGAAAUGAACUGUAGCCAGGUGGGCCAGGUGGGCCAGGUGGGCCAGUCGUGAGGCAUAUUUCGUCGAGAUCCAUCUGUCCUGAAAACAAGGUAAAAGCAGUAAGGAUUAAAUUGGAAAUAAUUGGCCUUUAUAUUUCCUUUAUAUUUCCUUCAUCUAUACAAGUUUGGAAUUUCUGAAGGAGGAAGUGCCUUGUAGUUGUUGUUAAGCCUCUGGUACCUCGGGUGAGCAGAGCAGGAAACUGUGACAGUCUCUAUAAUGUAUUUGUCCAAUUAGAAUUUGUUUCAUUUACCACAAAUUUGUGCUCCCUUGUAUAUUCUACAUCUUUUUUUUUUUCUGCCAGUACAUCCUGAUAAUACUUUGCCCAGAACUAACUUGUCAAGGUCACACUUUGUUGAUUAUGCAUCUGUUACAGGCAACUAUUGGACCUUAUACGGUACCAAAACCCAGAGGAUGGAGCCCUGUCGAGCAAAGUAAACGGACUAGUUGGAAUGGCCUAGGAAACAUGGCGUCUACAGAGGCAAUGCAACUAUUUGUGAAAAUAUUGGAGGAGGAAGAUCCCGGUUGGUACUCGAGAGCAUCUAAUUAUGUUUCUGAACCUGUUUUGGAACCUGUUGUUAAUGUGGAAAUGAAUCAUACUGAAAAAGUGGACCCGGUGGUUGAGAAUGGUGUCUGUACUACUGAGCCAAAAAUUGCAUCCACUGAAAAUGGAAUCCUGAGUGAAACUCAGGACAAAGACGCUGCUUCUGAUGGUCUAGGAUCAGUUGCUGUCUACGAUCAAUGGAUUGUACCUCCGACAUCUGGUCAACGUCCAAGAGCACGCUAUGAGCAUGGAGCAGCAAUCAUUCAAGACAAGAUGUACGUAUAUGGUGGAAACCACAAUGGACGAUACCUAAAUGAUCUUCAUCCACAGCUUCCCUUACAUCUUGUUUCCUAUAACGCAAUGAAUGCAGGUUCUGGAUUUGAGGAACUGGGCUUGGUCAUGAGUAGAGGCGGGGUUCGAGGUUGAUUCAGCAGAGUCACAACCUUCCAGACCUUUAGCUCCAUGUGCUGGUCAUUCACUGGUGGGUAAAUAGCAAUAUCCACUCCCAAUGGAGAAUAAGAAAAUUUUGAAGUCUUUAAAUGUCUUGGACCAAAAAACGUAACUCUUUUUUA